UGUGCGUCCUAAAGCCGUGGAAAUGCGUGGGUAGCUGACAGCUGUGUGCGCCUCGCUUCGCAUGUGCGUGUCUACAUGGAUACCUACUUCUAGAAAUAAUAUACAGACUGCACUUUUAUUUCGCUUUCUUUAUAUACGGUUUACGGGAUUUUUUGUUAUUAAGGAUUAACUCAGGUACGAAAAACUCUUCAGAAAGCCGGUAUGGCGAGUAAGGCGGCACUUACAGCGUGAGCACCUCUGGAACGUCACGAUGUCGUUCUUCAAUAACCUUUCUGGAAGCUCACGCAAUUCGACGCCCGAUCGUUGUUCAGCAAACUCUUCAAGUUCUAGUGAUUUCUACCGCGCCGAGUCGCCUGCAUCUUCAGUUAGUAACGGCAGUACGUGCAGUGAUUCGAGUAUGAGAAGUGAUAACAGUUCUAGGCCAGGGCUGACCGGCCAGGACCGAUUGAGAAAUAAUCAAAGUUCAAUAUUUGGAUCCGACUUUUCGCAAUCUCGGUUUUCUGAUCGCAUUCCAAGAGCUCGAUCUAAAUUAAAUGAAUUGCCGUCUUUUCGCGAAAGUUUAAGAAAUUACUCACCCAACGCAAGACAAUCUGGUGAAGUAAUUCUCAACGAGUUGAAGGAAAAGAUGAGAAGAGAGAGCGACACUUUUUUCAACUCCAACCCAAACCCUGCAUUUGCAGCUUUCAGGCCUGGAGGCAAGACUGAGCAACUGAAGGAACGACUUCGAGGGCCAGAACCUGGAAUGGACGACAUGAGGAACAGAGGCUACUCUGCCUUCCCUCGGAUGCCUCAUUGGCUUGCUGAAGACGACCCACAGAUGCUUGACUUGGCGUCAAGAAUGAGCCAUGCCCCUAAUUGGCCAUUGUCUAUGGGCCGUCGUGGAGGCCCCUGGAGAGAUCGUCGCAACUCAGGCGGGUCCGCAAUGAGCGCCACAUCGGAAGACGAUUCCUCGUACGACCAUCCUCACAACGACAAGUCAUCGCAAGGCUCCGGAGGUUCAGGUGGCCUAGAUGCGGCCAUAGGGCACGAAAUCCCCAUCAUGAUUGAGGCUGAAGCCCCUCCUUCCAUGAUGCCUCCUCCCCAGCAACCACAACAACAGCAGAACGCUCCGCAACAACCUCACCCCCAAACGAGCGGGAUGAGUGGACCAGAACCUCCGUGUGUUGGUCAGGUCCGUAAGAGUCCUCAGUACGCAACCCGUACGUCUUCAGCCACCGACGACGUAAGCGGUGCUCACAGGGAACAGCAGCGAGCUACUCGGUGUUCCUCUGCGCCACCGUCAAUGAUCGACCAAAGAGGCAACGGCACCGGCCGUCAAGCCCCACACGCUAACAAAGGCAGUGGCGCUCCACAGACUCGGUCUGCGACUGUGCCCAUCAACCCUCACAACAACGUGGCCAAGCCCUUCGUGUCUGCCUUCAAGAACAACUCCCCUCGUUCACAGGAUCCUAUCAUGGAAGAAAGCAUGCAGCAGCAGCAACAGCGACCUAACAGCCGUCACUCCUCGCCCGCCCCGCAGCAGCAGCAGCAGCAACAAUACUCAGGCCAAAAUUUCCAGCAGCUGCCUGCUGGAAACCACCACCAGCAACACGCAUCCCAAAAUUAUCCCCAACAACAGGAUCAGAACUACCAGCAACAUCCUCAGCAGCAGUAUUAUGAACAGGACCCUCUAUAUUACGGUCAACAACAGUGGCCAAAUCAAGGUUUCUUUCAACAAUAUCCAGAUUAUGGGGGGCCGUGGCAACAAUUUUAUUCAAAUGAUCCACGCAUGUACGAACAAGAGCGGCAUUACGCCCCCCAGCAACAGCAACAACAACAACCGCCUCUGCAGCAUCAGCGCCCCAGCGUGGUUCGUACCAUUCCAAUUUACAUCGAAGGCCAGGAAAGACCAAUUGUCAACGAAAAUGAAGCUUCAUCGUUGUCUUCAUCGCCUAGAGCUGCUCCUCAACUGACUAGAAAUCAACAGCAGCAACCACAGCGUCAGCAGCAGCAACCACAGCGUCAGCAGCCUCAACAUCAGCCGCAACCUCCACCCUGGCAGUCUCAGCAGCCUAAACCUAGGCCAACUUUUCAGCCUCAAUUCAGGCAGCAUUUUCCGCAAGAUCGUCCCGCUGAAAAUGCUUUUCAACAAUUCUUCAAU